UGGAUUAGGAAAUCGAUGUGAUCAUCCAAUUAGAGAUGAACAACUGAUUAAUUGCGUAACUUUGUUUGUGUCCCUUGAGUUUUAACCCAAAUAUAUAAGAAUUGGUUUUCUUUUCAUUUCUAAUCAGUUGCUCUGUAAUUUUCUUGUCAACCACAAUUUAAUUAGUUCCUAUUAUCACAGAUUUUCUCGAUUGUACUUUACAUCGGACCAUUUAGAUAAUCAAUCCACUACUAAUUAAUUCGUGAUCAAACUAGUUACCUUUUCCUGAGAAAUCACCAUGGCUUUGAAUGUUGAAGUUGAACCAUCACCCAAUUGGAACCACGAGAAAAAAUUGUUCUUGGAACCUUAUGAUUAUAUUACAUCGAGAACUGGUAAACAAAUUAGAACCCGAUUGAUUAGAGCUUUCAAUGAAUGGCUUCAGGUUCCUGAGGAGGUUCUCGUAAAGAUUGGAGAGAUUAUUGAAUUGUUACACAAUUCCAGUAUUCUAAUUGAUGAUAUUGAAGAUGAUUCAACCUUGAGAAGAGGAAUACCUGUAGCUCAUAAUGUCUAUGGACUUGCGACAACAAUUAACUGUGCCAAUUACAUUUACUUUUUAGCCUUACACAAAAUCAUCACUGAAUUACCUCAUGAUGAAGUAACUGAAGCAGUUAAAAUCUACACUCAGCAAAUGUUGGAAUUACAUAGAGGACAAGGUUUGGAAAUUUAUUGGAGAGAUAGUUUCGUUUGUCCAUCUGAAGCUGAAUACACUGAAAUGAUUAGCCUGAAAACCGGUGGUCUUUUUGGUCUCGGUGUUAAAUUGAUGCAAUUGUUUAGUAAAAACAAACAGGAUUUAACUCAGAUGAUUUUCCUAUUAGGUGUAAUUUUUCAAAUUCGUGAUGAUUACAAUAACCUAACGUCCAGGGAAUACUCUGAAAAUAAGAGCUACUGUGAGGAUUUGUCGGAGGGAAAAUUUUCCUUCCCUGUGGUUCAUGCGAUCAAAAGUUAUCCCGAUAAAACUACAAUUGCGAAUAUUGUCCGAAAACGUCCUAAAGAAAGUGGAAUGAAAAAGUUAGCUGUUGAUGUGCUUGAGGAAUUGGGUUCAUUUAAAUAUACCAGGGAGACUCUUGAACGAUACGAUAAACAAGCUCGUGAAGAGUGUGAAAAACUUGGUGGUAAUGAUUUAGUCAUGAAAGUUUUGGAAUUUUUGAAAAUCAAACCUGAGAAAAAGCCAAAGAAAAAAUCCAAAAAACGUGAACCAGAACCAGAAUCUGAAUCAGAAGAAGAUGAAGAGGAAAAAGCGAGUUCAUCGGGUCUUUUUUAAUUCCAAUUUGAUUCCAAUCUUAAAUUGAGCUCUCUCCACUUUGUUAUUCUAACAAUCAGCUAAUUCACCAAUUCUAAUUUCCAAGUCAAUUGUAACCAAAUUGAAGACCAAUUAUUUCCAUCUCAUGGGAGAGUUUUAAAUUUCCAUGCAAUUGUUUACCAAUAAAUGUUGAAAAUUCAUUCUAACAAUUAA